UCCUGCGGCGCGCCGGCCAGAAGCGCCAUUGGCCCCUUGGGAUGCACACGUCCUCCCAGGGCGGCAAGAACCCGCCGUCCACCAACGUGGAAAAGACUUUCGAGGAGGAUUUUUCUAACCACCUGAAGGUGAGGAACCAGCAGAAGAGGAAUACGCUGACUGUCCUUGGCGCUGGUAUUGGCAGUGCUAUUGCGGUGGCGGCGUCGCCCGUCCUGCUCCCGGGCCUCGCGGUGGCCUCCGUCGUGGGUGCCACGGGCGGCUACCACCUGGCCAAGAGGAGAGGCAAGCAGGAGCUGAAGAAGCACCGGCUGGGCGCGGAGGCGCACCAGCCCGUGGAGGAAACUGCACACGCGCUGCCUUCGCUGAGUCGGCUGAAGUUCCUCGUGAAGUGGGGCCACCUCCAGCUGCUGCAGUACGAGGACGCCGACGUGGCGUGGCGCUGCGCGGUGCUGGAUGAGGUGGUCCAGGCCUUCUCGCCCUGCGUGCAGAAGACGUACCUGCUGCGUGCCAAGAAGCACUCCCUGGAGGAGGAGCCGGAGGCGUACGAGGCCUUCCAGCAGCUGUAUCACCUGUAUGGUUUCCUCCAGCGCAAGUCGGCCCUGGAGGCCGUGGAGAAGGCGGUCAUAACGCUGGCGGGCGCUUUUGACACUGGCGACACGACAGCUGCCUGUGCGCAGCGAUGCUUCGUCACCUUCCCAACCAUCCUGGAGACCAUCUCCGUGAUGGACCGUCUCAGCCCCGGCCUGCAGGAGAGGCUGGCCCAGGAGAUCCACGCCUCGAAAGUCCGCGGCAUCGGGACUCCUGAUCGUGCCAGCAAGCAGAAGCGCCUCAAGCGCAUGGUCGGCCUCAUCUGCGAGGUCAUGAGGCGGCAGGACAUACAGGAGGCGUGCUCCGACCGCCGGGGCUUCGAGCAGCGCGUGGCGCAGGAGGAGAUCGUGCUGGGCGGCGGCGGGUCGUCCGACGGCGGCUCCUCGCGGCACGCGGCGGAGGUGGAGGAGGACGUGGAGCCGUGGGCCGUGGGCGUCGCCGUCCGCGGGGCCUCGGCCGCGGAGCGCAGCGUCAGCCCGCGGCCGAGGCCCCGGUGCCCCCCAGGCGGCUCGCCGCUGCGGCGCGGCGUGGUGGUGCUGCCGCCGCCGUCGGGCGCCGAGCACGAGCUGCACGCGCAGAGCGACGAGGAGCUGGAGUACCACUCGUGCAGCGAGGACGACGCGGCCGCAGCCCAGGAGCCGCGCGGCCCCCGUGCGGCGCCGCGGCCCGCGGCCCUGGCGGCGCUCCCCCCCGCCCGCGCGCGGGCGGGCGGCGGGCCCCGCGCCGGGGGCUUCCGCGCGCGGGCCGCGGCGUUCCCGCGCGGAGACCACCCGCACUCCUGGACGGCCUUCGACCCGGCCAGCUUCGAGGUCCGCUCCGGCACGUACCUCAAGGAUCGCCGAAAGUGCCCCUCUGGGCCUUCUUUGACGGAGCUCGUGAACGUGGACUUCAUGCUGGUGGGCGAGGACGGUCCAGUCUGGCGCGCUUGUGACCAUCCCGACAUGUUCCCAGCUCACCACAGGACCUCGGGCGAUGACAGAUUCCUGGUCGUCUUGAAUUGGGUCUUCCCGCCAUACCAGGUCAUCAUCACCGGAGCGGUGGACCCCGCGGCGGAGUGGCUGCGGGGCGAGGGCCCACAGGGGCGCAGCUGGCAGAGGUUCGUGGAGGCGGACGAGAAGGGAAGGCGAGAUCUGUUCAAGAUGAUCGGGUCCGUCGAGGAAGGCCCCUGGCUGGUGAAGCGAGCGCUGCCGAAGAAGCCCGUGCUCAUCGGCAAGAAGAUCAGGAUGGACACCCACCACGAGCCCGGCAGGCACGUGGAGGUCGUCUUCGACGUCUCGUCCGGGAAGGCCGAGCAGUAUGCCACGGGCAUCGUCUGCGGCUCCCUGAAGAGGCUGCAGCUGGCGUUCUCGGCGCUGAUCGAGGCCCGCGAGGAGCAGGAACUGCCAGAGUGCCUGCUGGUCAGCGCCACGUGCCUGAACCUCGACCCCGCACUGCUCCUCAGCCCGCCGCGCGUCGGCAGCUGAGGUGCUCCGCCAACGUGGCCUUCGGGUGAUCCAGAAGCACCCGAACGUAGAUAGUGACGAGAUGUGCCAUGGCCUGCGGUGCUGGCUGUGCCCUUUUGCCCCGGCUCUGCUGGCCAAUGCCGCUUCAAUGCCGCUCCUAGCUUAGUCAUUCAGACUCGCUGCACGUUGCUUCAUCCAUCUGUUCUGGUCCUCGCCAGUAUGAGGUCGGCAUCAUC